AUGGCUCUAAACCCAAUCUAUGGCAGCUCAAAUCAAAGCGUCGGCAUUGACCCAUCUGCAAAUGAAAUGGUGAUGAGGAUGAGGACGACGACAACGACGACGACGUCGACUCGUUCGCGAUCAUCACCGUUGGAUCGAGAAAUGACUAGAUACACCACGGUUGUCAGUAAAUCCUCGCGAACCAAGACGGGGAUCUUGCGAAUUCCACAUCGAGUGGUGAAAUGGCUCUAUUCCAUUUCCAUGGUGAUUGUAAUCAUCCUAAUGUUGGCAUUUAUUGCAGUAACACCCAUUGACGUUAUUGUUCAAACAUUCAAUUCAAGCAAUUCCACAGCAGUGAAAACGUUUCUUGUUAUUAUUGUCUGUGUUGCAUUCCUCGUUAUUUCGAUAAUCAUUUACACGGUCCGCGUUUACAAGUUCAAAGUUGCCAUGAACGACAUACCUGCCAAGUCGUCUUAUAUUCCUUUUGAAAAUGAUUACCCAGAUGAUGUUUUCCGCUAUAUCGAUUCCAAAUUGAAGCAUAGUUAUGAUGUUGCACAAUUGGCUGGUCCAUUGAUGCAGCAUGAUUUCAUCAACCACCCUGGCUUGUCGCCUCCCGAGUAUAUCCAGAAAAAGCACGAAAAUGACAGUGAUGAUGGCGAUGUCCAGGGAAGAUUGUUGCCGCCAAACAUGCUAUAUGAAGAUGUACUUCAGAGCUUUGCCGAUAAGUUUUAUAUUGGCAAGCUCUUAAUCGACGAAGAUUUACCGAUUAAUUUUUCAAUCAAGGACAUUUUCUUGUACUUGUCACAACACUGUGCCCAGUUGGCGAAAGAUAUGGGUGUUGCCACUACUACUACUACUACUGCUAGUAAUAAUAAUGAUAAUGCCAAUAAUAGCAAUGGUGAUUACAAUGUUGCUGCUACAAAUACUAUUGCGGUGAGUCGAGAAGGGCCGGACAUUCAAAAAUUGAUUUCUAUUUACGAAAAAUGUCGAUUCAGUGGCAAGUUGAUUAAAGAAAAAGACUUGUUCCAAAUGAUGUUGGAGUUUGACAAGUUUGGCCGCAUGUGCCAAAACGACUAUCGUUUGCAAAUGCCCAAGAAUAGAAGAGUCUCGAAAUAUUCGCAGUCGUCACACAACUAUGAUCUAAUGGAAGGCGGCUAUUUGUCUAGUGGAGAUUUGAAAUACUAUAGCAGUGCGUUCAUGUACGAUUCCGACGAUGGCUCAGGUGACGAAAUGAGACAAGUAUACGCCCACGGCAACUUUUCCGCAUCAACAACCACGGAGUCAUCUUCACAACAGCUCACGAGUGGCGAUCAUACCGAGAGUCCGUCACGACCUGUGCAAGCAAACUUAAACUCGUUUUCCCAUAGACAUCCGAAAGAUCUGGACUAUAUUAAUAUCGACGACGACAGAGGGUCGUCGCUUAAAUUGACGAGGCAUGGAAGCUUGAGUAGUUCCAGAUCGGUGAUUCGAAACAAGUUGGCCAUGAGCAGCAAGCAUACUCUACUGAAUAUUCAACAUCAUGGUGGUGGUGGUGGUAUUAAUAAUGAUGAUGAUGAUGAUGAUGAUACCCAUUCAUUAGUUGGUAAUAGGUCAGGUUACGUCACUGAUUCGGAGAAUGAUGAGAUGUUUGAGAAGGAACGCAUCAAACGCGAAAGGCAGAGACCGCGCGAUGAGUAUAUCCAACUUGGAGGUGGAACAGAACAGCUGUAUUCUGGAUUGGAUCAACUAGAGGGAAACCUGGCCUAUAAUCGAGAAAACAGCGGUCGAGAUAUCCGCAUAGUUGUGACACACGACGACUUGCUUGGUGAGAACGACGAACUAGAGGAAGAUGCUGAUCCUGGGGAAUUCUACAGAUUCAGGAGACAGGUUAAUUCAGCGCCCGAGCCGGGAUAUAAUGGAGGCGAACCCGUUACACCUAAUAAAUCACCCGAGCGGUGA